AUGGAGAGAACACGGGUUGCUAAGGUUGAUAAUGUGACCUUGGCGCGCCGUGGUGAACAGGUCGUCGGCAACCUUCACCUCACCCCUCACCACCUCAUCUUCUCCCACAUUCCCCCAGCAUCCGACACGGCCCCAGCACAAGCGCAAGGAAACCCCGUCAGACCCCGAGAACUCUGGAUAACCUACCCGAUAAUAUCCCUGUGCACGCUGCGACCGACUCCCGCGGCCUCGCGUCAGCCGUCGUCAAUCCGUUUGCGGUGCCGCGAUUUCACCUUUGUUUGCUUCUACUUUGUUACUGAGAACAAGGCGCGCGAGGUAUAUGAUACGAUAAAGCAGUGGACAUGUAGGGUUGGGAGGGUAGAUAAGCUAUAUGCGUUUGCUUAUCAGCCUCCUCUACCGGAAAGGGAGUUUAACGGGUGGGAUUUAUUUGACCCGAAGAAAGAAUGGGCAAGGCAGGGUGUGGAUAUAGAGGGGAAUGGAUGGCGCAUCUCGCAGAUUAAUUCGGACUAUGGGUUCUCUCCAACCUAUCCUGCGCUUAUGCCCGUGCCUACUGCGAUUUCGGAUAAUACAUUGAACUACGCAGGACGGUAUCGGUCGAGAGCGCGUGUGCCUAUACUCACAUAUCGGCAUCCGGUGAAUAACUGCUCGAUUACGAGAAGUUCGCAGCCGUUGGUUGGUGUACGGCAGAACCGGAGUAUUCAGGACGAGAAGUUAUUAGCGGCUAUCUUUUCGACAUCACGUACAGAGAGGCCGUUGUCCAAUGUGCAAACCCCUAAUUUAGAAUCAGAGUCGUCUAGCUUUAGUCAGGGUGAUGGAUUCGCUGGCCAGUCUGAUUCCGACUUUGCGAAUGCUGAAGAACUCGAGGAUGAAAUGUUGGCAUCCGUUCGAGGAGACCCGGAAGAAGGGCGUCAGGUUUAUGGCGCUCAGCAGCAGAAUCUGAUUGUUGAUGCUCGGCCGACGGUUAAUGCCUUUGCAAUGCAGGCUGUUGGUCUGGGUUCGGAGAACAUGGACAACUAUAAAUUCGCAGCCAAGGCCUACCUGGGAAUUGAUAACAUCCAUGUGAUGCGAGAUUCGUUGAAUAAAGUGGUCGAUGCGCUGAAAGACUCAGAUGUCACCCCGUUAGGUCCUAAUAGGGACCUGCUUGCCCGGAGUGGAUGGUUGAAGCAUAUUGCCGGAAUCCUGGAUGGCGCUGGGUUGAUUGCUCGACAGGUUGGGCUUAACCAUUCUCAUGUCUUGAUUCAUUGCUCGGAUGGCUGGGAUCGUACGAGCCAGCUGAGUGCAUUGAGUCAAGUGUGUCUCGACCCUUACUAUCGAACAUUGGAAGGGUUCAUGGUGUUGGUUGAGAAGGACUGGCUCUCGUUCGGCCAUAUGUUCCGCCAUCGUUCCGGCCAUCUGAACAGCGAGAAAUGGUUCCAGGUCGAAAACGAGCGGAUUGGAGGUGAUCCUAAUCGCGAGGGUAGCGGCGCUGGAAAGGCGCUCGAAAACGCAUUCUUGAGUGCCAAGGGGUUCUUCAACCGGGAUAACACUAGCCGUGACUCGCUUCCCGAUUCCGAUGGUGAUACCCCGACCAAUGAAUGCGAGACUCCUGGGAAACGAGCCGGCUCUGUACCUAGAACACCCAUAUCCGAGAAGGAGGUCACCAAGGUAAAGGAAACAAGUCCAGUGUUCCACCAAUUCCUCGACGCAACAUAUCAACUCCUCUACCAAUACCCUACACGAUUCGAAUUCAACGAACGCUUCCUACGACGGUUACUCUACCACCUCUACUCCUGUCAAUUUGGCACGUUCCUCUUCAACAGCGAGAAGGAACGUAUCGAGACCAAUGCCCGAGAACGAACACGCAGCGUUUGGGACUACUUCCUCGCCAGACGAGAACAGUUCCUCAAUCCCCAAUACGACGCCACCAUAGACGACAACAAACGCGGUAAGGAGCGCCUACUCUUCCCGCGCUUGAACGAAGUCCGUUGGUGGAACGAGGUAUUUGGCCGAGCAGACGCAGAGAUGAACGGACCCCGUCCGUCUGGUCCUGUUGUUGUCCCGACUGCAGUCCAGGAGAGCAUUACACCACCUGCUCCUGGGUCAGGGGCUCCUGUUGUUACUGGUGUUGAAACGGCUCACAGCUCCGUGGGCAGUGGUGUGUCUGGUAAGGGGACGCAGAAUGCAGCAUCGGCUGGGAUGGCAGCCGUGUCAGCGGGUAUUUCGAACUUGGCUUUCACGCCGAAGAAUAAGGAGAAUGAGCAGGGAAGUGGGAAGAUGACGGAGAUGGAGGUAGAGAUGCAGUAG